GUGAACACAGAAAGUGGUGUUGGGAAAGGAAGCUCAAGUUGGCAUCAAUCUUCAAAUUUCCACCGACUUUCGUUGAAGUUUUAAACAUCAAUCCAGCUGGCCCCUCCCCCAUUGUGCCUUUAUUUGAUAGUUAUUACUUCUGCGUUUAUUACCUCUUAAUCCUAUCGUUAGCAAAUGUACCCCGCUUCAAAUCCUGGAAAAAUCACUUCAAAGAAGCUCAGUCGUUUUAUUUUUUAUGAGCCCAGAGUAAAUAAAGCCUUUCAGGCUAACAUUCCCGGGUAUUUUUUUGUGCUGUGAUGGUUAUACAGCAACUGUCUGGUAAAUUUUUGCCAUUAGUUGCCGAAAAAUGCUCAGCUUUGUAACUACGUUUAUUGUUCAGCCCUGGCUAUCGAGCUGACUUCCUUAUCAGCUUUAUCGAUUUUUCCUUUUCCCCAUUUUGCCAAAACCAGAGGCAAAGUUCAAUAUUCCGCCACGAACUUUAAUGUUAUCUUGUCCCAACUUUUCCCCUUUCAGCUUUGGCUUAACAUAGACGCAGUCAAAAAACAGCCUUUGAAUCUACGUCAACAAAAAUUGUCAAAUUGCCUACUUUUUUCCAUUUUGCAUAAGUGUGAACUAUCAAUUAUUUACAUUGUCACUUGUCAUUUUAAAAACUACUCUACUCGUAAAAGCACUCGUUAAUUAAACUUGACACAAAAAUGUCCUCAAAUGAGUCUGUUUUGGAUAUUGGGAUUACCAAUGUUACUUCAGGCGCAGAAGAAGAUUUUCUCCUGUCCGCG